AUGUUAAAUGGUGAAAAAGAAUCCGAUCGUACCGAUUUCUCGACCGGCAGUAGAGGUCGUAGUUAUCGAAAACAGUUCAAUGAUGAUCGACGUAUGUACAUUGCACAAAAUGAUGGGGAUGAACUGGAGCGACGACGUCGUGCUGAUUCAGACGAUGAUGAAAUGGUACGCAAAAGAAAGAGACAUGGAUCCGAUGCCAUGAAGGAUGAAAUCGUGUACAAAUUGACAGAUUUAUUGACUCAUGUUGGUGAAAAGAACAACUCCUCUCUAGAAUCCAAUUUGGAAAGUUUGACACAGAUACUGGAAACGGAUUUAGAAUCUUACAAGGAGCAUAUCAUUAAAGUUCUUCUUACUUGUAUAUGCAGCAUGCCGAACAAACUAACAGUUUAUUCGACUUUGGUCGGAUUACUGAAUGCCAAAAAAUACAAUUUCGGUGCAGAGCUUCUGGAUAGCCUUUUUACAAAAUUGAACGAGUCAAUGGAAGUUAAUGAUUUUGACUGUGCGCUGUAUCUUAUAACAUUCUUUGCCGAUUUGGUCAAUUGUCGUGUAAUUACACUGCAGUCAUUUGCAGAUUUUCUUGCUGACAUUGUCAGCUGUGCUACUGAAAAAGGAUUCCCACAAAUACGAAAUGACUGGUAUAUCUAUGCGUUUUUACAUUGUCUGCCAUGGAUUGGCCAGGAACUUGCCGAUAAACUUGAAGAUGAAUUAAAUACCAUGUUGAGUACGAUUGAAAAUUGUUUGCAUUUUCGAAACAAAGAUCAUGUAAAAAUAUUACAAGUUUGGUCGAAAUCCAUCCAUGAACAAGAAGAAUAUCUGGAUUGUUUGUGGGCGCAGAUUUCAAAACUACGGUCUGAUAAUUGGAAGGAAAAAUUCAUCACCCGUCACUAUGUUGCAUUCGAUGGCACAUUAACAGACGCCCUACAGCAUAGUUUACCAAGCUUUAAACCUCCAAUACAUACAACGGAAACUAUGUAUCCUCUCCCAAAAGUUGUGUUUCGAUUUUUUGAUUAUGCUGAUUGUCCGGAUGAUGGACCGCUGCUACCUGGUGCUCAUUCUAUUGAGCGAUUUCUAGUAGAGGAAGAAUUGUGUUGGAUUCUGGACAAAGAAAAAAAAAACAGGAAGAAAUGUGCAUCGAAAUUAUUGGAGUAUGACAAGCGCAUGCUUGUACCCAUAAAUUACGUCAUAUUAGAAGUGAUAUUUUCACAGUUGUUUCUUUUGCCCGAAGCACCAACUCGGCCAGUAUUUUAUGGAAGCUUAAUGAUCGAAUUAUGUAAAACCAAAAGUAUGCCUCAGGUGAUAGCUCAAGCUGCUGAGUUAUUUUAUCAACGAAUAGAUUCAAUGCAAAUUAUUUGUAUUGAUAGAUUAAUUGACUGGUUCAGCUAUCAUAUGUCAAAUUUUGAAUACCGUUGGUCAUGGUCGGAUUGGAAUGAUUGCAUUAAAUUGGAUUAUCUUGCCCCAAGGCAUAUGUUUGUUCGAGAGGUAAUAGAUAAAUGUAUGAGGCUCUCAUAUCAUCAAAGAAUGACUGAAGUUUUGCCUCCUACAUUUGCUAAAAUGAUACCAGAGAAGCCUACCAUAUGUUAUGAUUUGAAUGAUGAAGAACAUCCAGACCAUGAUUUUGCUGCAACUCUCGAAAAAGCAUUUCGUGAUAAAAUACCCGCAGAAGAAAUGAAUGAUCUCUUACGUGAUGCAACUGUAAACAAUAUGGAUAUAAGUUCAAAAAUGUCUAUUUUCCUCAAAGUGCUGCUAUUUUUAGCUCGAAAAACUUUCAGUCAUAACUUUGCGGCCCUUACAAGGUACUAUUUGACUUUGAAAGAGUUCAUUGGCAACAGAGAGGAUGUGCAACUUAAUAUACUGCGUUCGCUAUAUGAAACGUGGAAAUUUCAUAAACAGAUGAUUACGGUAUUAGUAACAAAAUUGCUGAAGAUGUCAAUAGUAGAUGCCAGUUCCGUUGUUGCUUGGGUGUUCAGUGAUGAGAUAAAGCCAGAAUUUGAACGGUUAUGGGUUUGGGAAGUGUUAAGUAGGGCUCUUGAGCAUGUUAGUGGUCAUGUACGUCGAAGCAAAGCAGCUUUAGUAAACAUGAAGCUGAGACGGAAAUGGAAAGGACAAAACCGUGACGAAGAUUUUGUUAUGGAAACGGAUGAACAAAGCAUGGUUCAUCUCAACGCGACUGAAGUGCCAGUUAAAGAAAAUGAAAUCGAAGUUCUAGACGAGUGCUUGAAGAAUCUACUACUGGACGUGCUGCAUAAAUUCACGGUUACAUUGACAGAACACAUUAUUAAUUGUGAAAAUAAUGGCACUAAUUUCGAAACUAGUUGGUAUCUCUAUGUUACUGGGCGCUUCAAAAACGUCUUUUUAAAGCAUUGGAACGAUUUGUUUUUAUUUCAAGAUGCACUCGAAAAAGAGCUUUUUAGAGAAGCGGAAAUCGAUAGUAAUGUUAUGGAACACUAUAAUCAGUUUAAGGCAAUUUUGUCGUAA